CGCAGCCUCGGGCCGACAGCCCGGGGUAUUUUGGGGCCUGCCAGAACCCGAGACCGCGCCCAUACAGCCCUUCCACCUUGUUUGGGCAGGGUCGCCCGGGCAGCACCGGCGGGAACCGCCCGACCUUAGCAGACCGCUUUUGUUUGGAGCCACUCCUCCAGGCGUAACCUGUCCUCUCUGCUGCGAGACCCUCGCCCUGCCUGAGGAAUCGAUUUGUGCUCACUUUGGGUGACAAGAUUUGCUGUCACCGACCAAAAACUUUUGGUAUCUUUGGGUGACUUAAAACUCUAUCCCACCUUGCCUUUGUGUGGGGUUGCCCCUCAAGUUCUGUUUACUGCAGGGUCGCCCUCCCGGAGCCCCGUCUUUUCUGAGGGGGGGAAAUGGCCAAUUCGGGCCUGCAGUUGCUGGGCUUUUCCUUGGCUCUUGUGGGCUGGGUGGGCCUGGUGGCGUGCACAGCCAUCCCGCAGUGGCAGAUGAGCUCGUACGCGGGCGACAACAUCAUCACGUCCCAGGCCAUGUACAAGGGGCUGUGGAUGGAAUGCGUCACGCAGAGCACCGGCUUGAUGAGCUGUAAAAUGUACGACUCGAUGCUCUCUCUGUCCGCGGCCUUGCAGGCCACUAGAGCUCUAAUGGUGGUAUCGCUGGUGCUGGGCUUCUUGGCCAUGUUCGUGGCCACGAUGGGCAUGAAGUGCACGCGCUGUGGAGGAGACGACAAAGUGAAGAAGGCCCGUAUAGCCAUGGCGGGAGGCAUCGUUUUCAUCGUGGCAGGUCUGGCUGCCUUAAUAGCUUGCUCCUGGUACGGCCAUCAGAUUGUCGCAGACUUUUAUAACUCCCUGAUCCCCGUGAAUUCUAAGUACGAGUUUGGUUCUGCUAUCUUUAUUGGCUGGGCAGGGUCAGCUCUCGUCCUUCUGGGGGGUGCACUGCUGUCUUGCUCCUGUCCAGGCAGUGAGAGCAAAACUGGGUACCGGGCGCCCCGCUCCUACCCUAAAUCCAACUCUGCCAAAGAGUAUGUGUGACCUGGGGCAGAGAGCUCAGCCUGUGUGUGGGCAGGGUGCCCAACAAAGGCCCUGUGGUCAUCCCAGCCCUGCUGCACACAAAGUAUGGUUCUCUGAGGGGGGUGGGUUGGGUGAGGGGAAAAAAAGGGGGGCAGGGUGUGCUUUUUGUACAGUAAUAAAAAUGUUUUGGAAAA